AUGAGAUAUAAACGAAGUUAAUGUUCAAAUUGAAUAUCAUUUUCCGCGAAUUCUAUUCUAUUCUAUCGUGCACUAAUAAAGUAGGAAUCUGUAUUUAAAUUCCUCAUGGUGAAUUUUGAACAUAACCUUCUUGUGUAUAAAGUAUGGUUAAGUCAAUUCAAAAUUUAUUGAGAGCAAGUAACCGUCGGAAUGGGAAAAGAGAAUCAUUGCAUGUAUUUUGUGACACGCAAGAAGCGUUACUGUCGAAUGACAGUGAAAAAAGGGAAUAGAUAUUGCGGAGAGCAUCAACAGGAUUCAGUGGAUGAUUCAGUAGAUGAUGUUGCGGCUAAAAGAGUAAAGUGCCCACUUGAUCCUACUCAUACAUGCUAUGAAUCACGAUUGUCCAAGCACUUGAAGGUGUGUAAUGCUAAGCGUUUAAUUGACUCUCAACCUUCAUUUAUAGUCAAGGGAAUUAAUGUGGAUGGAACGUAUGAAACACUGAAGCAUGUACCACUCUCUGAGCUGAAUCAACUUGUUGUAGAUACAGUAAUUGAUAAAGUCAAGGCUGCCCAUGAUAAACUACCAUGCUUUCCAGAAGUAGUGCUGCAACACGAGGUACUGCAAAGCAAAAUAAAUGACGAAUCGUGUGGGAAGGCUGUUAAGAAACAUCUCUCGCAAACUGCGUCAUUACUCUCUCACUUGGAACGCGCAGGUCUGGUGCAAGAUAAUACAUGUUUCAUUGAAUUUGGAGCAGGUAAAGGCAAACUGACUUACUGGCUGGGACAAAUGAUAAAAGAUAGAAAGGACAGCUGUAUUUUGUUGGUAGAUCGCUCUAGUCACAGACAUAAGAGUGACAACAAACUUAAAAAUGAACAGUAUCCUCUGGUGAUAAAGAGAAUAAGAGCUGAUAUUGCUGAUUUGAAGCUGAACAACAUCGCAGAGAUUAAGACAUUUAAUUACAAAGUUGGCAUUGCUAAACAUUUGUGCGGAGUUGCAACAGAUUUAACUAUAAACUGUUUGAACCGAGCAAUGCAAGAUAAACCUAUCUGCAAUGUUAACGGCAUAGUGAUUGCAUUCUGCUGCCAUCAUAGAUGCGAAUUCGCGUCGUAUGUCGGAAAACAUUACUUGGAACAGUGCGGAUUUACGUCAUCGGAAUUCCCAAUUUUAUGUAGCAUUGCAAGCUGGGCAACUUGUGGAUCUAUUUCCAGCAGAUUGCACGCUGAUUCAGAUAAGGAACAUAAUCUUAAAGUCACGAGAUAUACAAAAAGUUUGACAUCGAGCGAAAGAGAAACAAUCGGCCGCAAAGUAAAAACUUUAUUAAAUUGGGGUCGCCUGGAAUUCUUGAACAGCAUUGGAUUCGAGUGCAAAUUAGUAUACUAUACUACCACCAAUGUUUCUCUCGAAAACAUGUGUAUUAUAGCUACUAAAAAACAAAUAUAACUGUACCGAACACUUCUGAAAAAUAUUAUUCAACACAA